CAUCCGGACUAAACCAGAAACCGGAAACUAGCCUCUUACAGCUUUUGUCUUCGCUUUUACACAUCGGUUGGAAAUAUCAGGCAUCAUGUCUGGAUCAUCAAAUAUUAUUGCGAUGAAGAAAGUUGUUCAGCAGUUGCGCUUUGAAGCCAACAUCAACAGAGUAAAGGUUUCUCAGGCGGCAGCUGAGCUUCAGCAGUUUUGCAUUCAAAAUGCCUUACAAGAUCCUCUGCUGACCGGUGUAUCUUCAAGCACCAACCCUUUCAGGACACAGAAGGUUUGCUCCUUCUUGUGAGGCUCUGUGAUGUCCUUCUGUCAUUGCUGGAGAGAAGAAAACCACUGCCAUGAUGUGUGAUGGAAACGGCAACUGUGCGAAGCUGUGCAUUUGUCAGUCAAUACCUCAUGCCACAAACGCAGAGAAACAAGAACUGAAACCAUUUGCCACUCUGGCCUUUAUUUCAGUUAUGGUGCAUUUUCCUCUCAAAUUUUUUCAUUUUUAAAAUGUUUUUGUUUUUUUAGUGUGCGUGUAUGUGUAUGUAAUCUUGUAAUUGACUCUCCCUUUGACAAGCCUAUUCUCAGUUUUAUGUUUGAAGACCUCAAACUUAAACAUACGCCUUAAGAAGCUGUAAACAAUGCUCCAGUUUUGUGGAGGAAAGGCUUUUGUAUUUUUAUCUGGCACAGCAGAGGGAACUUAGUAAUUUAUUGUGCCUUUUUAACAUUGUAAUCUAUUUCUCUAUCUUCUCUGCCUUAGGCUUUUUAUAUCCCAAAAUAAACCCACUGAUUUCUA